CAAAGUGUCGGUGGCGCUAAUGUUACCUUCCAGUUUCCUGUCUCAGAAAGUGAACAAUUUUUUCCUGGUUUAGUUCCUAUCAAUAUUAUAGAAACCAUACGCAGGAGUUGACUUUAUUCGAGGCAGUUUCCGUAAAUGUCUUACGACAUCUUUAAGAGGUAAUUUUGAACGGGUGCUAACAGUUAGCCAAUUUAGCUUCCGACGCUGUUUCCAUGGAGAUGAAUCUUAUCGACUUGUCGGCAGUUCUUUUAGCCUGAUUUUUCCCCCUAUUAUUAUUUUUGUAUUUGUUUAACUAUUAAUGUCUAAUUCAAAGCCUUCUGGGCCUCAAAAGCCUCAUAUUGAUACUGAUUCGUACUUUUUAACUUUUGGCGAUUCUCUUGUGGCUAAUGAAGAAAGAGGAACCCAAAACAAUUCCCUUAGUCUGAGAUUUAAUCGGACUCUGGAUGAACUGAGUGAAGAACUCGACAGGCAGACUACGGAAAUACAAGACAUACAAGAGGAGAUUCAAAAUGCAUCCAGCGACGCUUUGAGGAGGAUUGGAUCCCCUUACACAAACAGAUCGCCUGAACGAAGCUGCCACAAAAAUGACUCAGCUGAAGAACCCGCUAGAUUUUCAGCCCACAUUGAGGCGCUGACUCAGGCUAUUGUCGACUGCAUGGAUACUUUAAAACAGGACGAGGUGCAGCGAGACCGAGGCUCAAGUGAAAUGGAUGCUUUGGAAAAUGCAGCAGAACAGCUGUCUCAUUUACAGCUUAAUAAGGCACACAGUGAGGAAGAGGAGACAUUUAGUCCCCAAAGAGCCAUCAUGCACCUGAAGUCUAAACUGCAUGAAGCUCAGAUGGAGAACGACGCCCUGACUGACCUUAGGUUGAAGGAUUCAAGGAAACAGGUCAGUCAGAUGGCAAAGAUGCUGCACUUGUUGGAAGAGCUUCAAAAAGUCAAAAUGUCGAAGGUCUGGAAGCUUCCGGAGACGGAAGAAGAGGCGUUUGCACUUCAAAGAGAAGUAGAAUCACUGGGAAAGUGCGUAAGGAGGGUUUACCACAUACUUUAUGAAAAGCAGUUUGGCGACAACUCAGCCCGUAACAAGACUGUGAAGCAUCAAGAACCACAGUCUGGAUAUGAAAAUGUCCACAAGGACUCAAAUAAACAACAUGGGACAUAUUUUAGAUCAAAAGACCAACAGAGGAACGACGAAUAUGAAGGAUUAAAUAACCAAGAAAGGAUGGAAAACCUUCUUUCAAGUCUUGACCAGGAGAUGGCGAUGUUCACUGACAAAUCCAAACACUGCGGAGUGAAUUUAUGCAACAAGUUGAGGCUGCUAAAGAACCUGGCUGAAAGUCAGACCUCACUGCAGCUCUGUCAGAUCAGUGAACUGGAGUCAGCCGUCUCCAGCUACAGAGACAAGGUUAGUUACCUGGAGAAGAAGAUGCUGGAAACUGAGACCGAACUGUUUGCCACCCAUAAAGAGAGAGACCAAUCGCUACAGCAGGUCAAAGAGCUGCAGUCACAGCUUCAACUACUUAAAUCUAUUUGUGAGAAGCAGCAGCUUGAAUUCAGGGACGAUAUGAAGGCUCUGAGAGGACAGCUGGAGUCGACCAGGAAGCAGCUUUUCAGAGCCGGAGAGGAGAAAUCCUGCCUGCAAAUGCUUACAGAGCAAAGGUCACAGGAGUGCCAGGCUCUGCAGGCUGAAUUAGCACAACAAAAGUCUGAGUUGGUGCGUUUGGAGCGUGAGAAGCAUCACCUGCAGAACUCCCUUACCGACCAGAACCAGCACCUUCAUCAGAAAACUCUGGACAAACAGCAAGUUGUGAAGCAGCUGGAGCUGCAGCGCGCGCAGAUUUUCAAUCUCAACAAGCAGCUGGAGAACUUGCAGCGGCUCCACAGCCGUAAGAACGAGGAGCACGAAGGUGUGGUGCUGCAGCUUCAGAGCCAGCUCGGCAGCGCCCACGAUGAGCUCCAUAAGAUCCGACGCAGCUUGAGGACCCUGAAAGCAGCCGACGGCCAUGGCCUGCAGGUGGCUUUGGACAUGCAGAAGGAGAUCACGGCCAGGAGAGAGAAGGUUGACACCAUGCAGAGCAAAAUCCAGCAACUGGAGGAGAAAGUGGAGGAACUGCAACAGGAAAAGCGUCGCCUGAACCUGGAGGCGCACCAUCAGCUUCAGGACCUCACCUUCAUCAGGGAGGAAAAGAGGCAGCUUGCCAGUGAAUUGAAGGCCCUUCGCUCCAAAGACAAUCAGCUGCGGGAGCGGAUCGUUGAGCUGGAGGGAAUCCUUCACAAGAUGUGUGAAAGUUUGGCGAACUGUCAGGAUUUCCUCCAGCUAAGAGAGCAGGAACAUUUUCGCUUGAAAAUCCAACAUGCUCUGAACUUGAAGGAACUCCAGGGCGGGAGUCUGUGCGCAUGUUUGGCUUCAUCUCCAUCUGAUCUGAACUGCAGGACCCGGUCUGCACAGACUGCCCCGCCCUCCCCCCGGUUCCCCCUCAACACCCAGAUCAAGGAGAGUUCCCACUGCGAGCGCAGAGCUCUCGUCAAAGAGAUGCAAGCAGACGACAGACAGCGCAGCUCUAAGUGCGACGCCAGCAGGAGGAUGUCUGCGCCAGAGAGACCGCACUCUGCCGCCGCUUCUGCUGAGGAAGAGGAAGGACUGAAAGUCUGCUCCAGUGUGAGGAGAAAAACGUUUGACAGUAAGCAACGUCUUCUGGAGCCGAGAGAGCUGGACAGGCAAACAGUCAACAACAGAGACGGCCUUUUAACUUCGAGUCCGGUGAUUUCAGCAAAGUACAAGACGUUCCCACUCUCACCGAGCCGCAGGUCACCUGUCCACACCCUCCUGACCUCUGGCCCCAACAGCUAGCACUAACCACGAAGAAUGUGAGGCUGACUCCUUGUGUCAGUAAGACGAUUAAAUUUUUAAUGGGAAAUUUA